AUGGUCCGCCUAGCGUCGAUGCUGGGAGCCCUUCGAGAGCUACCUAUUACCCUUGUCAUCACUUCUCUUGCCCUCGCUUCCAAUGCUCUGCCGGCCCAGAGUCAAUCACCCAUGUCGCUUCCUCCGCCGCUCACUCCGGACAACUUCCAGUCUACAAUUGCAAAGGGCUUGUGGUUUAUCGAGCACUUCUCACCCUGGUGUGGGCACUGUCGCGCCUUCGCACCGACCUGGGAGAAGCUCGUCGAGAUGAAUAAAGAUUCGGAAAGCAUACAGUUAGCACAAGUUGACUGCUCGGUCCAUGGAGACCUCUGCACCGCCAAUGGCGUCGGGGGAUACCCACAGAUGAACAUUUAUCGCGAUGGACAGUUCGUCGAGAAGUUCAAAGGCAGCCGCGAUCUCGACCUCCUCAACGAAUUUUUAAACAAACACAAACCUCGUUCGCCCCCACCACCACCACCACCAACCGUGACCCUUAAUAAGAACGGCGAAGUAGCUGUCUUGACUCCAGACUCAUUUCAAGGGAUGGUAGAACAAGGUCCCGCUUUCAUCAAAUUCUACGCACCAUGGUGUGGUCACUGCAAAAAACUGGCUCCAAUAUGGAAACAGUUAGGGAAAAUUAUGCAGUCGAAGGUCACGAUUGGGGAGGUGGAUUGUGAGGCCAAUGAGAAGUUUUGCAAGGCGCAAGGCAUCAGCGGUUACCCAACACUCGUUUACUACCCUCCUUCUGGCGAGAAAUCCGAGUACUCCGGCGGAAGGAAACUCGAACAGCUAAAGGCUUUUGUGGAGAAAGCAAGCGCAUCCGCCACUCAACCCAUCCAACCUGAAGAAAUCGAGGCUUAUGUUUCGGAUAACGCUGUCAUGUAUCUCCUCCUACAUCCCGAGAACGACAGUUAUCUCUUGAAAACUAUUACUCGAUUGGCAGCACCACUACUAGGCUCCCCCAUAAUUUUCACGUCAGCUUCUCCGUCUCUGUUUGAGCGAUAUGCUGUCCCAAAAACUGCACCUUGGGCCAUCAUUGCGUUGAAAGACCACGACCCUCAUACCGCUGCAGCCAUGUACCUUGGUUCUGCUACUGUUGACAGUGCCUCGUCUGAUCUGCCGACCUGGUUACUUGCGAACCGUCUGCCUACGUCGAUGGAACUUAUGCAAGAUACCUUCCAGAGCAUCAUGAAUGCCCCACAUGCCCCCCUCGUCGUUAUUGCGGCUGUGACCAAAGACACUCGAGACAAAGUUUCAGAGCGCUUCCGAGACAUUGCGCUCAAAUGGCGUGUCCAUACUGCUGGAACAGGAGUAUACGGUGGUCGCUCUGUCGUGUUCACGUGGAUGGAUGCAGACAGAUGGGCGGACUGGUUAAAGAGCAUGUAUGGACUCAAGAAGGGCGGCGGAGAGCUAGAAGAUGUCGGCGUUGUUAUCGCGGACCACAAGGCUUUGCAAUACUACGACACCGAGCAGUCUGGCGGGAUCAUUAAAAUGACUUCGCCCAGUAUUUUCUCGGCCCUCGAAGGUGCAGCCAGCGGCUCUAUCGCUCCCAAAAACUCUGAAAACUUCGUCGAGAGAAUGGCGCGGUCCAUGAACAAGAAGAUGCUCGCCUUCGAGCAUUUCAUCGUUGACCAGCCGCUCUAUGCCAUAUUCCUGAUGGGACUGGUGCUCGUCGUGAUCUACCUUGCUCUGCGCCGCUGCGUUGGAGAUGACCAAGUGUCGAAGGCCUCCGUCGCAAUCAUUGGCUCUGGUGCUUCAGCUUCUGAGGCAUCCAACUGCACGAUCUCCGACAAGAGCCCCGACCGCCUGACUCUCAGCGUGCCUUCCCUGCUCAAUGCGGGUUCUAAAGCUGAGGUCACCAUCGCGUUCCACGCUCCCCUGCGUGAUAGCAUGAACGGCUACUACAAAUCGGCCUGGAAGAGAGACGGAAAGACGGAGUAUUACGCGUUGACCCAGUUCCAGCCUACCGAUGCUCGUGCAGCUUUCCCCUGUUGGGACGAGCCGGCGCUGAAAGCCAAGUUUACCGUCACCAUGAUAUCCCGUGCCGACACGGUGAAUCUCAGUAACAUGCCUGUCGCUUCAGAAACCAGCUAUAAUCCGAAUUCUGGCGACUUUCAGCUGCCUGAAGGCCUGUGGAAAGUGACCACGUUCGACGAAACACCGCCAAUGUCCACCUAUAUUGUAGCCUUUGCCAACGGGCCAUUCGAAUUCAUGGAAGAUAAAGUGAAGAUGCCUCUGAGCGGACGGACGAUUCCUAUCAGGAUUUACGCCACUCCGGAUCUCGUCAGUCAAGCGGGGUUCUGCUUGGAAGUUACUGCAAAAGUCCUCCCAAUCUAUGAACAAAUGUUCGACAUAGAGUUUCCUCUUCCGAAGCUGGAUACCCUAGCCGCAAACGAUUUCGAUAUGGGCGCCAUGGAGAAUUGGGGUUUGAUCACUGGCCGGACCCGCGCAUUCCUAACAGACCCGACAAGAAACGACAUCGGAGGGCGCAAAAUCAUUGCACAGAUAACCGCGCAUGAACUUGCUCAUAUGUGGUUUGGCAAUAUAGCAACCAUGGAGUGGUGGGACUGUCUAUACCUCAACGAAGGUUUCGCUAGUCUGAUGGGAGAAGCAAUCGCACUUGAUAAAGUUUUCCCCGAAUGGGAGGUCAAAUCUGCGUUUUUGACGCGCCAUACAAGUAGUGCUUUGGCGGUGGACGCCAAACGUUCCAGUCACGCGAUUGAAGUUCCCUGUCCUGAUGUCGCUUUCCUCAACCAGAUUUUCGAUGGUCUAUCCUACUCUAAAGCCGCUAGCGUCCUCCGUAUGCUCUCAAAUUUUGUCGGCGAGGACAAGUUCUUGAAGGGAACGUCGAUCUACCUCAAAGAACAUCUUUAUGGCAAUACCGUCAGUCGCGACCUAUGGGACGGCAUAUCCGCUGCGACGGGCGCGUGGAAAUACCUGUCUCCGACAUUGGUCUCGAACAAUCUCCAGAUGGGAUACCCCUUACUUCGAGUAACAGAAACCGCAGAAGGCAUCACAGUUCGUCAAGACCGGUUUUUCGACAACGGGCUGCCAACGGAGGAGGAGAACACUACAAUAUGGACCAUUCCACUGUCAAUCCGCUUCUUAGACGAAGCUGGCCAAGUCAAGACAGACACUUCUCUCGUCUUGAACCAACGCGAGAUGACAUUCCCUAUCAACACAAGCAAGCCGUUCAAGCUGAACAGCGAUGCGAUCGGAGUUUACCGUGUUCUCUACUCUCCUGAGAGAUUUUCGAAGAUCGCCGCAGAAGCCGCCAAAUCAGACUCGAUAUUCACACUUGACGAUAGAAUGGGUCUGAUUUAUGACCUUGCGGCGCUAUCGAGUGCUGGACUGGUCGGUAUCAGCAGUCUUUUGGAUGUGCUCGACAAGUGGAGAAACGAAACGACCUACAUGGUCUGGUCAAGCGCCUGGACGAGUUUGAACAACAUUAUGCAGACCUUCUGGGAGUACCCCGCGAUUAUCACGGGGAUGAAAACACUUCUCCAAACUCUGUUCGCGCCAAUCCUUGACCGUUUGGGCUAUGACUUUCCUGAUGGCGAAUCUGUUCAGUCAAUCGAACUACGCAGAAUUGCAAUUGCAGCAUGCGCGAAGGCCGAGACACCCAGCGUGAUCCAAGAACUCCACCACCGGGUCAUCAAAUACCUCGAGGGUGACGAGUUGUCCGUCCCACCAGGAAUUCAACAAACAGCUUUCGGAGUAGCUGCUCAAGUCGGUGGUCGCCUUGAAUUUGACGGGUUGCUCAAACUCUGCGAAAAUGCGGUCAAACCUGCCGUCAAGACCAACGCAAUAUUGGGCAUUGGAAAGACACAGGACCCCGCAUUGCUUGAGGAGCUCUUUGACUACAUCGCGACCAAGGCACGGGACCAAGAUGUCGCAUCGUUCUGUCGUGGCCUUCAAGUCAACCCUGCCGCGCGCCGAAUGUUGGCCAAAUUUGCGCGGGACAAAUACGAAAUUUUUAGCGACCGAUUCGGAACUAACUCCAUGCUGAAAUAUUUUGUCGAGGAAUGUUUCUGUACUUUGACUACUCAGCAAGAUUACGAUGGCAUCGAGGCGUUCUUCAAGGAUAAGGACACAAGCCGUUAUAAUAUGGCGCUGGCUCAAGUCUUGGAGACCAUCCAGUCGCAAAUUGUUGCGAUUAAGGCAAUACCAAUCUUGAUUGCUCUGAUUCGUUGA